AUGGUCAACAUUGCGUUUGUUUACAAAUGCGGAUCAAUUGUGAAACAGGAAGUCUUGAAAAUAUUGCUCGUUGUAGUGUUUCUGACUUUGGGUGAGUUCUGUUAUCAACAUUAUUAGCGACGGUUUGUCAGUGACAUGGUAGCACAAUAGUUGUGACAGUCAGGACAUUUGUCUUUCAUUUCUGUGACCGGGCUCGAAGUUUAUAAUGUCGAGUUCUUCUAGUUGGGAAAUGGGUGCAAACGACGUUUUUAUCAACACAGACGUCGCCCGAAAAUGGACCUUUCCCCUUAUAACUAAAAUUUUGAUCUAGACAAAAAUUUGAAAGAGCAUCACAAAAUUAGUAAUAUUCCAAAGUUUCGUUGCGAAAUGUUGUAAAAUGCGGAUAAUAUAGCCCUGCGAAAUUUGCAAUUUUCAGUCAUUUUAGAUUACAAACGGGAAAUUGAUACCCAAAUCGGGUGUUUGGGUAUCAACUUCCCGUUUGUAAUCUAAAAUGACUGAAAAUUGCAAACUUCGCAAGGCUAUAUUAUCCGCAUUUUACAACAUUUCGCAACGAAACUUCGGAAUAUUACUAAUUUUGUGAUGCUCUUUCAAGCUGUGAUGAAAUUUUUGUGUAGACUUGUCUAGAUCAAAAUUUUAGUUAUAAGGUUAAAGGUCCAUUGAGUAAUUACAAUCUAUGAAUAAUUUAGACAUUGUCCUCGCUCUGUUUACAACGGCAAAUCACAGAUUUUCACGUCUUGAUACAACGGCUGCAUUUCAAGCCGCAACAAGUGCAACUUCAAACUGGGUUCAGUAGAGCUCUUCCCAACAUAAAACCCAUGUCUUCAACUUCUAAGACAGUAUUAAAUUCAUACGAUUGAUAAUAUACGACGAAUUAUCUUUACUACCAUUUAUUUGAAGGAGCUUGUUUUGGCCGUCGCCGUCGCGUUGCCGGCGUCCUAAAAUCGUAAGGCCUCUAAAGCCGUGUUUACACUACGAGCCUAAGCCUGGCCUAGGCCUACCUUUGGACUAGAUUUUUGUAGUGUAAACGUACUUCAGCCUGGCCUAGGCCAGGAAAUCUGGACCCAUCAGAACAGGUGGCCUAGAUUUCCUAGCCUAGAACAGGCCAAAGUGUGUUUACAGUACAAAAAUCUAGUCCAAAGCUAGGCCUAGGCCAGGCUUAGGCUCGUGGUAUAAACACGGCUUAAUAUCUAAAGUAGCAACUUCAAAAAUCAUCAAGCCAGUUAUCACAGCCUGGCUGCGCUGACUCGAUGCUAUGGCUACUUCCACAAAAAUAAAUCUCUAUGUAACAACUCAUUAAAAUUCAUUCUUUUAAUUCCAGCCUCUGGGAACAUUAAUCUCUACGUCUCAAAAUCUCGUGGUCACGAUGGCGCGAACUCUUGUCAAAACGUCACCUCGCCAUGUCAAACCUUACAUCACGUGAUCAAUAUGUCGAGCGGAAAUGACGUCAUCAUUAAACUGGACGCUAAGAACACCGAAAAUGUACCAUACAAUACAUGUGUAAACACAACGAGGGCAAUUACUGGAAAACUACGUUUCUAUUCUUGGAAUGGAAGAGCAACCAUAAACUGCUCUGGAAAAGGACUAAAUUUUGAAGGCAAUUCGAUCAAUUUCACAACCAUUGAAUUUCACCAUUUAAAAUUUCUUGACACUUUUUUGAAAGCUGACGAUGUUUCCUUAACUGUUAAUAAUUGUUUAUUCGGUUCCUUUGAAAAAGACACAGCCUUUCCCAACCUUAUCAAUGUCUCAGUAACAAAGCACGUACUGGGUAAUCUGAGAAUUAAUAUUACCGAUACAAAUUUCUUAGAAAAGAAUAAUGCUGGUUCUUUAAGCGUUGUUAACAAUCAAAUAGUUCCAGUUUUCGUAGAAAUCAAGAACAUCACCGUUGCCAAUAAUUAUUUGGAAAAGACAAAUCAUGUUAUCUCUAUGCAAGGAUUUGUAAACUUUAAUUUCAUGAAUUCUGAGAUCUCGAAUACGAAGUUCUCUUUUAUUAAUCUUGGAUAUUUGGUUAGCUUUCAGUCCAGUUUCUCUGUCAAGAAUAAUGUGAACAAUAACAUUGCACCUAUGGUAAGGGUUUCUAAAAACUUAACCUUUUUUGUUAUAAAUUGCAAUUUUUCUCAUAACGACGCAGAGGCAUUGUAUAUUUCGACAUUGUCAAGUAGCAUGAUAACUAUAAGAAACUCUGUGAUUCAGUUUAGUAAUUCAAAUCAGACUCAUAUUUUUGCGGAAUUUUCCGACCUAAACGAUCCAUGGCCCGGCGCUGGUCAACAGGAUAGCCUUAACAGGCCUUUAAAGUGGAAAAGGAAAUCUGAAAAGUUGGGGAGGGGUGGACCUCCAGAAUUAAAGGAAGGUGCUCUUCUCAAGGGAAACAUGAGUGGAUCAAAAGAGUGUGGUCUUUCUGUAAAUUGCAAAACGAGUCAACUCUUGGAUGCCAAUGUGGCUAAACAUGUUGAAACGAAAAGCAUAUCUCCAAGGGGCAGACCUCUGCAGCCAAGUCUUAAUUCCAAGCGAGGUGGAUCCCAGAAACCAGAUCUAAGUUCCGAAAAAGAUGAACCCAUAGUGUUAACUCUAAGUUCCAAGAAGGCUGCAUCCCUAGAGUCAAACAGGACCAGGGUUUUCAAAACGAAGAACGAAUCUCUGGACACAGAAAAUAGUAGACUUCGGGAAACGGAUGGAUUUUUAAGCUUGGACAAUAAUAAACCGAGCAAAAACGGAGAAGGCUUCGAUUCCAAGAAGAAUGGGGCCUUAAAGUCAAAGGUUACUGGGGAUUUGAAAACAGGCACUAAAGCUCUGGGUUCUGAGAAUAGUGGAUCACUGAAAAGGGAUAGAUCUUUACUGAUGGGUGAUAAUAAAGCAUUCGAGUCAACCAAAAAAGGGCAUGGCUUUAAUCCAAAGAGGGGUCAGUCACCUCUCGAGUAUGGAGAAACAUUUGACUCAGGUUUGUUUAUUGAAGAUUGUGAGUUUCAUAAUAACAUAGGAACUUACUCAACUAUUUUUGCACGGAAUCUUGCUCACCUGCACAUACAAAGGUGUGUAUUUGUAGGCAACAUAGCUGACUUCGCUGGAGCCUUACUUGUCGGGAGUAAAAUUGAAUGUAACAUUACCGAUUCCACAUUCCGUAAUAACAGUGGUAGAAAUGGGCCUGGUGCAAUCACAGGGUUCAAUUCUAAUAUAUUUAUCAAAAACUGCACAUUGGACAGUAAUAAUGGUGGUAAUAUUCCGGACGUCCAGGCUACAGGCAGUAUGAGUCUGACUUAUGGAAACUCUUUUAUACAAGAUUCUCGGAUAAUCCAACGUCAUACAGUCCAUGAAACCUCGAACAAUGGGAAAUUUCAUGGCACUCUUGGCCUAUCAAGUGAUCUAUGUGAUUCUGUUAUUUUGUCCAAUUCCACACUAGAUUACCAGUGGUCACCAUCUUUAGAGAAAGUGAUAGUAAUAGAGAUAGCACACACACACAAAUUUCAGUUGGCACAAGGUACAUCCAUACAAUGUCCUUGGGGUUAUAAAAUCAGACGCUGGAUGAAGCGCUCAGUUUCAAUUAAACCAGCUGCACUAGCUGCACAGAGUUUUGAAUGUGAACUUUGUACCAUGGGUAGUUACACCAUAGACCGCGGGGUGUAUAGGUAAGAAUAUUUAUUAUAUUAUCUUAACAUACAAUACCAUACCAUAGCUUUUCAUACCUACUUUACCUAACCUCACCACACCUCACCGUAUUGUACCUCACCAUACCAUACCUUGCCAAAACACACCACACUUUACCAUACCUUACCAGGUGCUCUGACGGUGAGCAAAAGGACUGGGACUGGCAACAGAAUAGAAAUCCAGUUUCAUACCUUUAAUCACUUGUCACACGCCCUGAUUAUUUUGUGAAACUGUUUGAUACUUUGUGUCUGUGUCUUGCACAGGGAAAUGAAUAUAUGGGACAAAUUUGAGAUAUAAAUCUAACACCGUUAAUGAAAUAUUGAGUAAUUUUAAGACAGAAAUGGAUUUCUAUUUUACAACUAGUGCCAGGCAUUUUCUGAGUUCCGAGAUCACCUGGUACCAUACCUAUUUAGUAGCUAGCACACCAUACCGUAUCACACCAGAUACUUACCACAACACGCCUAACCAUAGGACAAAUGGUAAGCAGGGCCGCCGAGAGGGGGGGCAGGGGGGGGGGGCAAAUUGCCCCGGGCCCCCAGGUUCUGGGGGCCCCUAGAAAAUUUUUGUUGGGCCCAGUCAUUUUUUUGGGUCAAAUAUUUUCGCACAAAGGGCAAGAUAUUUGUUCUUUUGGGCAAAAUACCCAAAUUUGGUAUGAAAAUUUGAGGUAAAGGCGCUGGGAAACAAUUGCAACGUACUCGUCCGGAAAAAUGUUUUCCCUACAGUUGUCGAGGGGGGGGGGGCGUUGUUCUCCAAAAACAUUUUUGGAAAUAGGGGCCCCUAAAGAAAAAUUUGCCCCGGGCCCCAACCAACCUCUCAGCGGCCCUGAUGGUAAGGGCUAUCUAUAGGUCUAAAUAAAUGUAUAAAAAUCUCACUCAAAAUUUCCAUUUACAGUGAGAUGGCUCAAAAUCCCCAUAUAAUCUACUCGUAUCUCAUUGCAUUCCUAGAGAUAACACAAGUAACUCGUUGAAAUGUCUGCUGUGUCCGUAUGGAGGAAGAUGUGCUAAAGGUCUCGAAGUGUUACCAAACUUUUGGGGAUACAAAAUCCAGAUGAACCCACCAACAAUAGAGUUUUCGCGCUGCCCAGUCGGCUACUGUUGUCAGGCAUCGUCCCCACGAAAAGGCUGUGUUCCAUACGACAAAUGCAACACUGCCCGACACGGCAGGCUCUGUGGUACAUGCAUGCCAGGUUACACUGAAACAAUCUUCACACCAUCGUGUCGAAAAUCAGAAAAAUGCAAGGAUUACUGGUUUUGGCCUAUGGCAGUAAUCUUUGUGCUAGGCUUCACCCUUUAUCUUAUCAUCCAACCAGAUAUCCCUGCCAUUCUUUACCGUGGUAUCACCUGGUUUCGAUCAAGCCCACCCCAAGUGACUGAACUCACCUCAACCCGAACUCACCCCGAGGACGUCUCAAAAGAAACCUCAAUAUCAGGCUUAGAACGAAUUAUCUUCUUCUAUUACCAAGCUAUAGACAUCCUAACAGUGCAAGGGUCCUACAAUGCAAUUUGGGAUAGUCAUCUAACGCAAUUUACAGUAGGAUUAUUCAACUUUGAUAUGCGUCUGAACCGAGAAGGCUUUGCCUGCCCAUUUCCAGGCUUGAAUCCUGUAUCAAAGCUGUUAUUCCAUACUUUAGGCGUUUUCUCAGUUCUCUUUGCCAUUCCAUGUAUUUUCCUUCUACAGAAAACAAUGUCUGUAUGUUUUCCUGGUCGGACUCCAAAAAACGGUCUCUAUCUAUCAGCCUUUCUUAAAAGCGUGUUUCUCGGUUAUACUGUACUUGCUCGGAAAAGCUUAACUCUGCUAAACUGUGUUACUGUUGAUGGUGUCAACUGUUUGUUUGUCAACUGUAAUAUAGAAUGCUAUACUUGGUGGCAGACGCUUAUAGGGACACUGGUUCUGAUAUAUUUCUUUCCAUUUGUAUUGGUCAUAUUCUUCGGAGCUAAGAAAUUCUACAAAAAGCAAAUCUCUGUGGCUAAUUUUUUCCUUGCCUGCUUAUUUCCGUUGCCUUUGUUGUCGUAUUGGUUCUUAAACCGGCGUCAUCUUGCUGGGAAUGCUGUACCGGAUACGGGUGGCCGAACUGCUAUUACAUCGGUUCUGUUUGGCUCAUACCGUAUUCCAGAUCAUAUCAGCGCUGGCACCAUUUAUUGGGAAAGCGUUUUGAUUGGUCGAAUGCUUGUUCUAAUUCUCGCCGCUGUUUUGAUUAAAGAUCCGUUCCUAAAAUCGCUUACUUUACUACUUUUCUGCAUCAUCAAUCUAUCGCUGCAUAUAUAUAUGCACCCCUAUGAGCGUGUUUUCGAUAACCGUGCUGAAACUACAUCAUUAUUCUGCCUGGUGUUGAUGGCAAUGUUUAAUCUUCCUUUCAUGGCGUACCUCUCUGAAGGGGUUGAGCCCACAGGCCCGAUGUCACAUAUUAUGGAUGGUUUCAAGUGGUGUCAAGUUUCGCUUGUUGGCUUUCUCCCAGCAGUCUGCAUUCUGCUCGUGUUUGUUGCCGUUGUUUCACAGGUUGUGAGACUAGUGUUUCUUCUUACAAAAGGUGUUCGUUUGGCGUGCACUUGUCUCACUUCUUGUCGUUUCUUUGGUGAGAGCCGGACCCAUGGUGAACUCAAUGACCCAUUAAUGGAGUAG